AUCGACCUGCUGAUGGCGAGCGAGGCCCGGCAGAUGGCCAGCAUAACGCACAAGAUCCGGAUGGACCUCCUGACCGUUAAUGACGUUUACCUCCUGUCCACCUUCCGCCUGCCUCCCAAGCAGGGGGGGACCCUCUUCGGCCUCUACUCCAAGAAGGACAACACGAGGUGGCUGGAGGUCUCUGUGGUGGGGAAAAUCAACAAAGUCCUGGUGCGCUACCUGCGGGAAGACAACAAGCUGCACUCGGUCAACCUGCAGCACGCGCACGUGGCGGAUGGGCAGAGCCACACCAUCAUCGUGCGCCUGAGUGGGCUGCGCGGGGACAUGCUGAGCGUGGAGCUCUACGUCGACUGCAAGCAGAUGGAUUCCAGCGUGGGGCUGCCCGAGCUGUCAGAGAUCCCCCUGGCAGAGGUGGAGUCCAUCGAGCUGCGCACAGGGCAGAAGGCUUACCAGAGGAUGCAGGGGUUUGUGGAGUCGAUGAAGCUGAUCCUGGGAGGGUCCAUGAGCCGCGUCGGGGCCCUGAGCGAGUGCCCUUUCCAAGGAGACGAGUCCAUUCACAAUGCAGUGACAAGUGUGCUGGCAUCCAUCCUGGGUGAGCAGACCAAGGCGCUGGUCACACAGCUGACCCUCUUCAACCGGGUCCUGACCGAGCUGCGGGAAGACAUUAGGGACCAGGUGAAAGAGAUGUCUUUGAUCCGCAACACCAUCAUGGAGUGCCAGGUCUGCGGCUUCCACGAGCACCGGUCCCGCUGCAACCCCAACCCCUGCUUCAGUGGCGUGGACUGCAUGGAGACGUAUGAGUACCCCGGGUACCGCUGCGGGCCCUGCCCACCAGGGCUGGAGGGCAACGGCACACACUGUGCCGACAUCGAUGAGUGCUCUCAUGCCAACCCCUGCUUCCCCGGCUCCAAGUGCAUCAACACGGCCCCCGGCUUCCGCUGUGAGCCCUGUCCCCGCGGUUAUCGGGGCAACACCGUCUCUGGCGUGGGGGCUGACUAUGCAAGGGCCAGCAAGCAGGUUUGCACGGAUAUUGAUGAAUGCAACGAUGGGAACAACGGGGGCUGCGACCCCAACUCCAUCUGUACCAACACGCUGGGCUCCUACAAGUGUGGUCCCUGCAAGUCAGGGUUUGUGGGGAAUCAAACGUCUGGCUGCAUCCUGCAGAAGUCCUGCAGCACUCCCACCUCCAACCCCUGCGAUAUCAACGGCUUCUGUGUGUUCGAGAGGAAUGGUGAAAUUUCCUGUGCAUGCAAUGUGGGCUGGGCUGGCAACGGCAACGUGUGUGGGCAAGACACGGACCUUGACGGCUACCCAGACGAGCCCCUGCCCUGCAUUGACAAUAACAAGCACUGCAAGCAGGACAACUGCCGCCUGACACCAAAUUCGGGGCAGGAAGAUGCCGACAACGACGGCAUUGGGGACCAGUGUGACGAUGACGCCGACGGCGAUGGCAUCAAGAAUGUGGAGGACAACUGCCGGCUCUUCCCCAACAAGGACCAGCAGAACUCAGACACUGACUCCUUCGGGGAUGCCUGCGACAACUGCCCCAACGUGCCCAAUAACGACCAGCGGGACACGGACAGCAACGGCGAGGGGGAUGCUUGCGAUAAUGACAUCGAUGGGGACGGGAUUCCCAACAUGCUGGAUAACUGCCCCAAGGUUCCCAACCCUCUGCAGACGGACCGGGAUGAGGACGGCGUCGGGGAUGCCUGUGACAGUUGCCCUGAAAUGAGCAACCCCACUCAGACAGAUAUGGACAGUGACCUGGUAGGAGACAUCUGUGACACCAACGAGGACAGCGAUGGGGAUGGGCAUCAGGACACCAAGGACAACUGCGCCGAGAUCCCCAACAGCUCCCAGCUGGACUCAGACAAUGACGGGCUGGGGGAUGACUGUGAUAAUGACGACGACAACGAUGGCAUCCCUGACUACACGGCGCCUGGCCCAGACAACUGCCGCCUCAUCCCCAACCCCAACCAGAAGGACUCGGACGGGAACGGUGUGGGUGAUGUGUGUGAGGAGGACUUCGACAACGACACGGUGGUGGACCAGCUGGAUGUGUGCCCUGAGAGUGCCGAGGUGACACUGACCGACUUCCGCGCCUACCAGACCGUCAUCCUUGACCCCGAGGGGGAUGCCCAGAUCGAUCCCAACUGGGUUGUCCUCAACCAGGGCAUGGAGAUUGUGCAGACCAUGAACAGUGACCCAGGCUUGGCUGUUGGCUACACGGCCUUCAAUGGGGUGGACUUCGAGGGCACCUUCCACGUCAACACCGUCACCGACGAUGACUACGCCGGCUUCAUCUUCAGCUACCAGGACAGCGCCAGCUUCUACGUGGUGAUGUGGAAGCAAACGGAGCAGACAUACUGGCAGGCCACCCCCUUCCGCGCUGUGGCAGAGCCAGGGCUGCAGCUCAAGGCAGUGAAGUCCUCGACGGGCCCUGGGGAGCACCUGCGCAACGCGCUGUGGCACACGGGCCACACACCCGACCACGUCCGCCUGCUCUGGAAGGACCCACGCAACGUGGGCUGGCGGGACAAGACGUCCUACCGCUGGCAGCUGGCACACAGGCCCCAGGUGGGCUACAUCAGGUGA